UAAAGUAUUACUGAAAAUGUGGAACGACUGAUCCCUGUUCUUGGAGGAAACUUUAAUUUGAGAGAUCCGUCUUUUCUCCGGCUCUUCUUGCAAUUCUGUUUUCUUGAAUCUUGAUCAAAUGCGGCUUAUGUCCAACGGCCAAUCGAAUGUCUCUGAUUCCUUACUGUACACCAAAUUCUUUCUCUCUCUCUCUGAUUUGGUGGUCUACCUUGGAUAGUUGUCUCCCUUCAUGAACUAUCAACGGACAAAGAUAGAAAUGCGGCGCACAAGCGAGUGAAAGAGGAGCAGGGAACGCACGAUCUGAGCGGAAGAGGAGAGGGGCGACGGGUUACUGCCGGCGUGAUGGUUCCGUGGUAUUUGGUGGCCGCUCUCCUCACCAUCCUCACUAGCGCUCAAGGAAUUCUGACAACACUUUCAAAAAGUAAUGGAGGAUACAAAUAUGAUUACGCUACUGUUCCAUUUCUUGCCGAGGUUUUCAAGCUUGCCGUAUCUUGUUUUCUGCUGUGGAGAGAGAGCCAGUCCCCGACUCCUCCAAAGAUGACUACAGACUGGAGAAGCGUGCGAUUGUUCCCAAUUCCUUCUAUCAUCUACUUGAUUCACAAUAAUGUGCAGUUUGCUACCCUGAUUUAUGUGGAUGCAUCGACUUACCAGAUAAUGGGCAAUCUGAAGAUUGUCACCACGGGAAUAUUGUUCAGGGUGUUCUUGCGGAGAAAAUUAUCUAAUCUGCAGUGGAUGGCCAUUUUAUUACUAGCCAUUGGUACUACAACAAGCCAGGUAAAGGGUUGUGGAGAAGCCUCCUGUGAUUCAGUUUUUUCAGCACCUAUUCAGGGAUACUUGCUUGGAAUCUUGUCUGCCUGUCUUUCAGCUUUAGCUGGUGUCUAUACAGAGUUUCUUUUGAAGAAAAACAAUGAUAGUCUCUACUGGCAGAAUGUGCAAUUGUAUACAUUUGGUGCAAUCUUCAACAUGGCACGACUUCUUUUUGAUGACAUUAAUAACAACUUUGAAAAUGGUCCAUGGUGGAACCGCCUAUUCAAUGGGUACAGUAUCACAACAUGGAUGGUUGUGCUGAAUUUGGGAGCUUCUGGGUUGCUAGUGUCCUGGUUGAUGAAAUAUGCAGAUAUUAUUGUUAAGGUUUAUGCAAGUUCAAUGGCAAUGUUACUGACUAUGGUCCUGUCUAUCUACCUCUUCACUUUCAGUCCUACAAUCCAGCUCUUUCUGGGAAUUGUUAUUUGCACAAUGUCCCUUCAUAUGUACUUUGCCCCUGCUCAUAUGCUUGUAGAUUUACCAUCACAAAAGCAAGUCCCAGAGACCAUGACUGAAGUUAAGGUUGAAGCACGAACUGCAUCCUGAUGGCAACCAUCUUAUGCUUAAGCUUCAGACUUGCAAGCUUGUGCUUUCCUUCAUGUACAACUUAGACAAGGCAGGACAAGUUUGCAGGUUGAUAUGUUUAACCGUCCUAUGGUUGCUCAGAGCUUCUCACUAAGGUCAGGGCCAGCAGCAUCCUAUGGUUUUCUCUUUGUAGAAUGUAGAAAAUUUUACUGCAUUUAGGACUUACAAAGGCUGCUUAUUUUCCAGUGCGAAGUAUCAUGUAUUGUUUGAGUGCUGAAUCUAUGCAACACAGGUUUAAAUUCUUUUUCACUUAUAAUAGACGGGUACUGGCAAAUUUUUGGAAGACAUCUCCUUGGGUUUA